UGUGAGUGCCGCUAACUGGUUGUCCAUUGACGUGAAACUGACGUGAAGCCUCGGUUUACGGCAGUGUUUGCGAAAGUCUAGCUUGGUCUGGCGUGAUAGCAAACAUCUAGCUGGCCAGGUCUUCCACUUCUCAGGUUCCUCUUCUUCAGGUGGCCGUCAUCAAGACACGUGUUGGCUGCUAGCAAGCUAUGAAGAUGAGGAAGCGACCAAACAUUCUGUUAACAGGAACCCCUGGUGUUGGGAAGACCACUUUAGGAAAAGAGCUGGCCCAGCGGACCGGAUUGACCUAUGUCAACAUAGGAGACUUGGCCCAGGAAGGACAACUUUAUGAUGGCUAUGAUGAAGAGUACCAGUGCCCUAUUUUGGAUGAGGACAGGGUUGUGGAUGAGCUGGAUGAAAAAAUGGUAGAAGGUGGUAUGAUUGUUGACUAUCAUGGCUGUGACCUGUUCCCUGAACGCUGGUUCCACAUUGUCUUUGUGCUCCGCACAGACAACACCCAACUGUACACACGGCUGGAGAGCAGGGGUUACACUGGGAAGAAGCUGCAGGACAACGUGCAGUGUGAGAUCUUCCAAACCAUAUACGAGGAGGCCAUGGAAGCCUACAGCGAGGAGAUCGUCCACCAGCUGCCCAGCAACAGUCCUGAGGAACUGGAGCAAAACCUGGAGCAGAUAGUUCAGUGGACUGAGCAGUGGAUGAAGGACCAUAACUAGAAGCUGAACUCUGCCUGCUGGGUUCCACUGGCAGGACUGUCAAAAAGUUAUUUGGACAAUUGAAAUGAAUUGUAGUUUCCAUCUGCAUAUAUUUUCACAGAUGUUGCUAUCAUGAAGACUGGUGAUCUAUUCAAAGUUGAAUCACUUUGUUCAGUGGCCUCAUUCACCUGCCUCUACUUUGCAGUGAGUGCUGCUGGGCCAACUAACUCUUUAAUGAUUGGACUUGAAAGGGUUUGAUAGAUGUCUUUAAAAAUUAUAACAAACACCUGGACUUUCUAAUACUGGUUGCCUGAUUACCCAUCACGUGACCUUUAACCAGUGCAAACUGGUGUCAAGUUAAAGCACUCAUGCUACAUGUCAUAUUUGUUUUAUAAAUAAAUGACCAGUGGGAAACUG